AUGCUGAGAUUUGUUCAGCAAUCGCAUGUUCUAAAGAACAGGGUUUCUAACCAAUUUGUGUCGGCCAGUACGAGGUCACCGUUCCAUCACUCACUGCGGUUCAAUUCCGCAGUGACGAUGGAACGAACACCAUCCCAGGAGGCAGCGGCUGCAGCGGCUGCAACUGCACCUCCACAAGUCAAGAAGGCCGUUGACAAAGUACGCAAUAUGCGCAACAAUAUCAAGAUAGACAAACACCUUGCUUCUACUCCAGAUUCCCCAUGGUUCCACAAAGUGUGUGCAUUUGAGGAUUGCGUAGCGCAGACGCUGUACAUGUCUCAGACUCCUCGCAGACGUAAUAACAACAAUGCAAGGAAAGGCCAACAGCAACAGACAUUAGCAGGUGGCAACACUAAUCCUCUCUUCUGGGACUCCAUAGGUCGUGCCAUGGACCUUUAUCGUGAGCUUCUGGGCUCACCUGAACUCAACAGCGAUCGAGUAUCAAAGCUCGUACAUCUUUUACACAAUGGGCUGCGUGCCAACCGCAAUCAACUCACCAGAAUGAAUAAGAAACCAGAUUACGAUUCUCAGUCCUUUCACAAAGAAAUGACCAAUUAUUUGUGCGAGUCGUUACGCGAAAUUUCGCAAGAUGUGCUAUCUGGGAAAGUGGAACUCAACGAAUAUGGUGCCAUGCACCUAGUGACCGCGUUCAAAGAGCUUUUGUUGCUCGAAGAAGCUGUCAGCAUAUGGCGUUCGGCCAUCAGCGGUAGCCAUGUCUACACAGCCAACAUCUUUCUCAACCCUCGAGUUGUUGGUGUGGUGCUGCCUAUUCUAUACGACAACGGCGUUUCGUACGCUGAAAUUCAAGCACUUUACGAGAAAUCCUCAGCUAUGAUCAAUUACUUCCACCCUAACUUAUCGGUGGGCAUGAUACGCGCGUCAUUGAGCGCUGGUGAAAAUCAGAUGGCACUGACGCUAUUUCAGAAACUUUGCGAAGAGUCUAGUGAAAUGAAGUACGGAUAUUUGAUAGAAACUCAUCUCUCGUUCAUUGGUGAGUGUAAAGACUUGACUAUUUCUCAAGCCUUCUUCGACAAAGCUUUAAACAACGAAAUGCCUUACAAGAUCGAUCUACAGGUGUCUUACGUCAAAUCGUUUUUGAGAAACAUAUGGUCGCAAACGCGUGAUUUCCAAAAAGUUUAUGACAUUUGGUACAAGUCUUCAGUACACUAUGGCCGCGAUGUGAACCAUGGUAUCUCCUCGUCGCUGAAUGAUACCUUCUUCGACAUUUUCUUCGAGCACUAUUCCCAGGAUAAGGUUUCGGGCUUACAGCAGUUGCAGGAAUUGAUCUCUACUUACAACCACAUCAAACCCAUAGACGAACCUUUUUUCAAUAUCAUUCUAGCAAAGUGUACGAUAUGGAGAGAUCGUCAGAUUAUUGAAUCAAUCGACAAAGCUUACGAAUUGUACCAAACGCCCAAAACUAUUGUGGCUUACCGUAUUUUGUUGAAAUCAAUGGGGUCUGUCGAGGCCACCAAUGAAGAGAUUUUCCAGCGCUGGUGUAACUUGGUCUCCAAAUCUGAUGAAAUUGGUCAGAACUUCAUCGCUAAUGCAGACUGGGCGGCUUUAAGGGACGCCACUGUUACCUGGACGCAACAUUGCCACGACAUCAAAUCUAUCCAAACUGAGAGCAGCGACGGCUUCGACGCUGCCAUGCAAGCUGCUAAUGCUUCUGGCGCUUUUGACGAUAUUCCUCAGCAAGCAUCUAACCAGCAACUGCUUUCCGAAGAUAGACUUGAGUUGUACAUGAAAAUUGUGAGGCGCUAUAGCCCAUUUUGCCGUGACUCUCGACAACUGUCACGCUUGACAUCAGGAACAGCUGUCAAGUAUCCGGUGUUGCAACAAGCCCUACCCAAAUUUAACGAUUUGGAUGUAAGCAAUGUCUAUAUUCCACCUUUCCACAAUUUGAGGCCUCAAAGCUAG